AUGCAACUCAACACCACCGAAAGGCCGGAACUCAAGCCGAUAUGCCAAAUCAUCACUCCAGUGGGGAUGCUAGGCUACGGCUUCGACGAAGCCCUCACGCACUACGAACUCUCCCGCCUUGUACCAACCGGCAUACCAACGGCUAUUAUCUUGGAUUCGGGCUCGACAGAUAGUGGACCGCAGAAACUUGCUCUGGGGUCUAUGUCGUGCCCGAGGUCGGCUUACGAGAAGGAUCUUGCCAAGUUACUCAGGCUUGUUCAUACGUUUCAUGUCCCGUUGAUAUUUGGGUCUGCUGGUGGUGAUGGGACGGAUGAGCAUGUUAAGGCUAUUGGUGAGGUUAUUGAAGAGAUUGCAUCAGGGGAGGAGAAUAAGGCCUAUACUUUCAAUACGAUAUCGCUAUUCUCCAAUAUCAACAAGACAACCAUACUCGAGCGCUUCAAACAAAACCGCCUAACCGGCUGCGGCCUCUGCGUUCCACCAGCAACAGAGUCCGAGAUUAAUGAAUCCCUUCGCGUCGUCGCUCAAAUGGGUUACGAGCCCUUCUUCGACGCCAUGACCGCCAAUCCCGACUUCGACAUCAUAAUCGGCGGACGAGCCUAUGAUCCAUCUCCAUACGUUGCCUUUUGUGCUUACCAACUCACACGCCAGUCAAACCAUCUCAGCAAAGAAGAGCUUCAUUCUAGGCUUGGUGGGUUCUAUCACAUGGGCAAGAUCUUGGAAUGUGGAGGACAGUGUUCAUUCCCAAAGUCCCAUGGUGCUGUUGCUACUGCUUAUGAGAAUGGUUUAUUCGAUGUUCGACCGACGGAUCCUCAGUCGAUGUGCACGCCUUUAUCUGUUGCUGCGCAUACGUUGUAUGAGAAUACGAGGCCGGAUGUUCUACGAGGGCCGGGAGGUUCACUUCAUCUUGAUAGCUCAAAGUAUGAGCAGCUCUCUGACGGAAAGUCUGUCAGGCUCGAAGCUGCACGUAUUGUUGGUUAUCGCUCUAUGUUCAUGGGCAGUAUUACAGACCAUAUCCUCAUUUCCCAGAUUGACAAACUACUGGCCCGCGUCAAGGUCUACGUCGACCAACAACACCCCGAGAUCACCGGCCAAUGGAACCUCGACUUCCACGUCUACGGCAAAGGCCAACACACGCAAGCCGGACCAGUUCAGCUCUUCAUCGUUGCUGAAGCACUCGCGCCGACACAGCAGUUAGCCAACAGCAUUGCCUCCAAGGCAAGAGUUGGAAUGAUUCAUGCACCGUAUCCUGGGCAGAAAGCGACUGCAGGAAAUUUUGGCUUCGGCCUUGGUGGACUUAUGGAGAUUGAACUUGGUCCUUGUGCUGAGUUCUCGUUGUAUCAUCUCAUGGACCUUGAGCCUGGUGAAGAGAGGUUGGCUCCAGGUGCUGAUAGGUCUGUGCUCGAGGGACCGUUGUUGAGAGGUACGGUCUCUCGAAUUGGCAAAGGGUCUACGAACGAGACCAACGGCACUAACGGGCACAUUACUUUGCCUGAGGUCAAUGGCAAGCCUCCUCUCCGGACGAGCACCAGUCCUCAGCGUUCACCUAGUCCCCCAAGCCAAACCAUCCAAAAGCCCGAGACACUAUCAGACCUAUUUCGCAUUAUCCGUUCCAAGAACGCUGGUCCAUAUGAGAUCACGAUAGACGCCAUGUUCGCAUCCACCGAAGCAUAUGAAGCUAUCAAAUCAUCCGAUUUCCUCUCAGCCACCAACGUUGCGAAGGCCAUCGGCAUCUCAGAGGAAGAUAUCAUCUGGAUUGGUUUCUUCGACCCCGCUAUCUCUUUCAAGGUAACCAUUCCCAGAAUCCGAUCGGGUAAGAAGAAAUCUGCCGGCGGGUUCAUGGAGAACGAUAUCCAUGGGUCACAGGAGCACAUAGGUCUUGCGAGCCUGAAGCUCCCUAAAGAAUUCAGCUUUUAG